UUUCAAUAGACCCCUUUUUCCAUUUUUAAAUUUCUUCGUCUUCUUGAAUUUGGGGAUUUCUCGGAACAAUCAUAGAGCUGUGACGGCUGUCUGCUCGCCCUUUCCCUUUUUUCUGCUCCAGAUUUUUCAAUUUAUGGGCAGAUCUUCGUUUGAGCUGUAAUCGCCGUGCAUUUCCGGAUCCUGUGAUUGAACUGUUUGAGAGAGGGAUAUGAGUAGUGUAACGAAGUUUUGUGACAAGGUUUAUGUAAUGGCGGAAGGUGGAUCUCAUUAUUGCUCCAAGAAAUCUGAUGAUCUGUGCCCUGAGGAUUCAGGAAAGAGCUUGAGCAUGACGAGAUUAAAAUGCCUUCUGCGCGGUUUGGAUGUUAAAGCUUAUCUCUUGCUGUUCAUGUUGAUCCCAACAUCUCUGUUUUUCAUAUACGUGCACGGCCAGAAGAUCACAUACUUCUUGCGGCCGUUGUGGGAGUCGCCGCCUCGGCCCUUCCACGAGAUCCCUCACUACUAUCACGAGAACGUGUCAAUGGAGAAUCUGUGUAAGCUUCACGGCUGGGGGAUCCGUGAGUAUCCUAGGCGUGUUUUUGAUGCAGUGUUGUUCAGCAAUGAGCUCGACAUUCUGAAGAUAAGAUGGAACGAGUUGCACCCUUACGUCUCAGAGUUUGUCCUGCUGGAGUCGAACUCAACCUUCACUGGUCUGCCGAAGCCUUUUGUGUUUGCUGGAUCCCGGGACGAGUUCAAGUUUCUUGAGCCACGGUUGACAUAUGGUCAGGUUCCGGGGAGGUUCAAGAAAGGGGAGAAUCCGUUUAUUGAGGAAGCGUAUCAGAGGCUUGCGUUGGAUUAUCUCCUGAAACAAGCUGGCAUUCAAGAUGAUGACUUGUUGAUAAUGUCGGAUGUUGAUGAGAUACCAAGUAGGCACACGGUGAAUCUCUUGAGGUGGUGCGAUGGAAUACCUCCGAUCCUCCAUCUCCGUUUGAGGAACUAUCUCUAUUCCUUUGAGUUUCUCGUGGACAACAAUAGCUGGAGAGCUUCAAUCCACGUGUAUCAGGCUGGGAAGACGCGAUAUGCCCACUAUCGACAGUCUGAUGAGAUCUUAGCUGAUGCAGGGUGGCAUUGCAGCUUCUGCUUUAGACGUAUCAAAGAGUUCGUAUUCAAGAUGAAGGCUUACAGCCACGUUGAUCGGGUUAGGUUCUCUCAUUUCUUGAACCCGAAGAGGGUCCAGAGAGUGAUCUGUAAAGGGGCCGACUUGUUUGAUAUGCUUCCCGAGGAAUAUACAUUUAAGGAGAUAAUUGGGAAGAUGGGACCGGUGCCACAUUCGUACUCAGCCGUGCAUCUUCCCAGUUAUCUGUUGGAGAAUGCAGAGCAGUUUAAGUUCCUCUUGCCUGGGAAUUGCUUGAGAGAGAGUGGAUGAGGUGAGUGAAUGAAGGAGGAGUCAAUAUAUUCUUUUGUAUAGGUUGAAAUUGAGGAUAUUCAUAUUUAUAUUUAACCAGUUCUUUGUUUCCAAUGGUGACUUGUGUAUAUAGCUUGGUUUCUUGGCUUUCUUCAACUAGGAAAUUUUGUUUGUUGUAUUUCAUAGCUCUUAUGGUUUCACUUAGUUUUGGUAGUUUACAAAAGUUUGUUUGAUGGGAAUGAUAGAUUAAUUUGAUCCAAGGGAGAAAGCAACUUUUUUGUUUUGA